UCCCACUUACGUGACUUGCCGGCACCCGUCACAGUCGCAGCAGGCCGCCGAAAAUGUUCAACAUGUUGAAAAUCCAGCGGCGACCAGAAAAAGGUGCGACUACUUUGGGCGACAACUCACGGCCGUACAGGCGACACCCCGCGCCCUGCUGCGUCUGUGACGGGUGGCCGCGGGUCGCUGAAAAAGAAUCACAUGUUUCACCGCUCUGCGUCGAGCAGCCGCUGAGAUUUGAGACCGGCUUGGAGAUUGGCAUCAUUCCCAGCUCAAUCCCAGCUUUGGUCGGGAUGCGAAGGGCCGGCCUGUACCACAGGAGGGGGAAGGUGGAACCGAUCCCAUCCCCACAACGGCAGGACAUCAGCCUGCUGGUGAGCCGCUGCCUGAGCAUUGGGUCGGGCUCGGAGCCGAGACGGCCCGUUGCCACCCUGGCCCCAAGCAGGGUUAACUGGCGAGCCAGCAUGCCACCCUCCACCUUGCCCACCAUCGUCAGGUCUCUGCCCAACCCCAAGGCAACGCAAGUGAGCGGUGCUGGGGAACGGGGCAACUCGGAGACUCCACCCAUCCCUCCUCAACAUCUGCCCGCCAGAGAGGUGCGGAGGAUCACAGUCGACCUCCGCCCGGUUUUGGCCCGGGUCAACGAGCCCUGCGAACCCACAGAGGAGGUGAUGCCAGAGGAGGUGGGUGCUGGGAGCCCCCUCUACCUUGGGGACAUCUCCACCAUGAGUCGGCACCCCGCCAACGCUGGCAUCAGCAAAGCCAACCCACGCCCGCUGGCCAGGAGCCCCAGGAAGAACGGUCCCUUCGAGCUGCUGAAGGUCCACGUGCCCUUGCCGCCCAUCGUGCACCCGGACCGUGAGAGGGGCCACGGUCUGGACGGAACCGUCACCGCCGCGGAUCCCAGCCCAAAGCUCCGGCUGCUCCAGGUGACUGAAGACGGCAUCUUGGCAAACCCGGACCUCGUCCUUCACCCCGUCAGGUGCCGACGGAACCAGUUAGUUCCCUUCCCCAAGAUCUUGCUGACGACUCAUGUGGACAAAGCCUCAGCAGAUGACCAGUCGACACUGAGGCAGGAGAGUGACCUGACCGACCUGCAUCUUAAGGAAAUAAAGCAGAGUUUUGAGCGAUCCGUGGAGGAUCCCACCAUCCCGUUUCAUCAGCUAAUGCACCAAAUGAGGAAGAGGACAUCCAGUGCCAACCAUGUGCUGAUUGCUGAGGUAUUGAAGUCACUGAGGGAGGAGCUCUGGUCCACAUCACAGCCAUCCCAGCUCAUUGGCCAGAACGAUAGAGACACAAUGGGUUGGGUACGUGACAGGAGAAGCAUUUCACUCUACAGACGGCCUGAGAAUAGAAUGGAUGGCCAGACUGGAUACAUGUGUCCGCCAGCAAAUCUCCCAGGAGAUAAAUUGCCCAUCAGGCUCAACCUGUCCAAAAACAGGUAGCGACAUUGGACACAAUAAGACCAAAGAACACAGGCGUUUGUACAAAUGAGAACUGAACAUCAUUCCUCGGCUUUCAAGAGCACACAAUAACUUCAGUGUGCAUUUGUUGCUUUGUGUUGGAUUUAGUUUUAAAACGUAUUUCGUCAUCUCCCUUAUCUGGACAAUACUGCUUUGUGAAGUAUAACAACACACCUCCAUUUUUUUUGCUUCGAGUGCAAAUCUCCAGAGUCCAGGAGGGGAGAGAUCAGGAUGUCUUGUCUACAUCAUGUUUUCCACUCUUGCUCUGUUCUGCUUAUAGCAAUUGGAUUGGAGUUCCAGCCACCAAAUCGCCAUCCUACCUGUUCAGUUGAGUUCAUUGUCACGUGUACCGAGGUACAGUGAAAAGCUUUUGUUGCGUGCUAUCCAGUCAGCAGAAGACAACACAUGAUUACAAGCGAUCCAUUUACAGUGUGUAGAUUACAUGAUAAGGCAAUAACGUUUAGUGCAAGGCAAACCGACCAAAGUCCGAUCAAGGAUAGUCCGAGGGUCACCAAAGAGGAAGAUAGUGAUUCAGCACUCCUCUCUGGUUGUGGUAGGAUGAUUCAAUUGCCUGGUAACAACUGGGAAAAAACUAACCCUGAAUCUGGUGGUGUGCGUUUUCACACUUCUGUACCUUUUGCCUGACGGGAGAGGGGAGAAGAGGGAGUGGGCAGGGUGCGACUCGACCUUGAUGAUGUUGGUGGCCUUGCCGAGGCAGCACGAGAUACAAAUGGCAACUUUCCUGAAAUAAGAGUCUGUGAAGACAUGGCCAUACUGGGUGUUUAAGAAGUAACUGCAGAUGCUGGAAAAUCAAAGGUAGACAAAAAUGCUGGAGAAACACAGCGGGUGCAGCAGCAUCUAUGGAGCGAAGGAAAUAGGCAACGUUUCAGUCCGAAACCCUCCUUCAGAUUGAGUGAUCGUAUAUUCAAUCUUUGUUUGAAUGUAGUUGAGAGACUCAGUGGCCUCACUGUAGCUGAGGGAGCCUCCUAAAUAUUCUCCUCUGCAUCUCACUCAUCAUCCAUACACAAUAACUGAAGCUAGAGUCAAACAACCAACACCGUCUUUAGAGAUACAGCGCGGAAACAGGCCCUUCGGCCCACCGAGUCUGCACGGACCAGCGAUCACCUGUACACUAGCACCAUUCUAUACGCUAGGAACAAUUUACAAUUUAAAAGUGCCCCGACCACGAUGAUCUUCAACGUGAGUGGGGGAUUCCAUGUGAACUAAUAUCUCUACUCCAGGAUGACGGAGCACGUUUACUGCAGGGACAAUCCAGGGGUGUGAGUAACAGCCAUUCACCCCCCAGAAAACAGCUCAUCUAAAACGGGAAAGAGAGGGAGAGAAACAAAGUUCAUGAAUCAAGGAGAGGGAAAAUAGGGAAUUAUUUCAUUUGGUCUUUCAUCUGAAACAUUCAUUCUCUUCUGCAGUCUGGUCUGAUGAGUAUUUCUGGCAUUUUCUGUUUUAGUUCUGCAUUUUCAGCACAUGAAUUUUUUAAUUUUUGGAUAAUUGAAACGGAACAUUUGCCAGAGGGUCAUACAGUGUGGAAACAGGCCCUUCGGCCCAACUUGCCCAUACUGGCCAACAAGUCCCAGCUACACUAGUCCCACCUACCUGCGUUUGGUCCAUAUCACUCCAAACCUGUCCUAACCAUGUACCUGUCUAACUGUUUCUUAAGUGUUGGGAUAGUCACAGCCUCAAGGACGUGUCCCACUUGGGCGUCAUUUGCACGUCAUGCAGAUGGCGCGUGAAGAUUUUGUACAUCCCAAAAUCCUGGGGCGCCGUGCUCGACCGCGCAUCACUGCCUACAUCAUCACGCACCAUGCGCGCAUCGUGACGCCUAAAUGAUGUCACGUAAAUUACGUGCAAAUGACACCCAAGUGGGACAGGCCCUUCAACUACCUCCUCUGGCAGCCUGUUCCAUGCACCCGCCACCCUUUGUGUGAAAAAGUCACCCCUCAGAUUCCUAUUAAAUCUUUUCCCUUUCACUUUAAACCUAUGUCCUCUGGUCCUCAAUUCACCUACUCUGGGCAAGAGACUUUGUGCAUCCACCCGAUCAAUUCCUCUCAUGAUUUUAUACACCUUUGUAAGAUCAUCCCUCAUCCACCUGCGCUCCAGGGAAUAGAGUCCCAGCCGACUCAACCUCUCCUUAUAGUUCACACCCUCUAGUCCUGGUAACAUCUUCAUAAACAUCCCUUCUGAGAGCAAGCAUUGUUUUGAUAUAUGAUUUAAUGUUCAUAUUAAUUGCACUUUGUCUCGAAAAUGAAUGACAAUUUUUUUUAUUACGAUAGAAUUUGCUGGUGUAUUUAUUUUAAACUCGGAAUAAAAAUAGUAUUUUUAAAUAUUUCUGUGAUUGAAUGCAGUUGCACUGAUGUUUGCACUGACAAGAUAGUUUCCACACUAAGUCUAGCAGUCAAGCAUCCGUUAUGCUUGAAAUGAAUUGUGUUAGAUCAAACACUAUUGCAAAGCUGGACUAUAAAUCUCCUAGUUUAGUUUAUUCAUUCACGGUUCACAUGCACCGAGGUACAGUGAAAAGCUUUUGUUGCAAGCUAACCAGUCAGCGGAAAGACGAUACAUGAUUACAAUCGAGCCGUCCACAGUGUACAGAAGUAUGAUUAAGGAAAUAACGCGAUUAGGGAAAGAUAAAGUCCGAUCAAAGAUAGUCCUCUGGACCCUCUCUAACGAUGUAUAUCUCUCUUACGGUACGGGGCCCACAAUACUCACAAUACUCCAAGUGCGGUUUGACCUGUGCCUUAUAAAUCCUCAGCAUUAUAAAUACAUUUUCCUUUUCCUAGCCAAAAUUGAUCUAUUCUAUAUUUACCUUGAUUCGCAUCUCUUUUGAUGUCUUUUUUUCACACCUUACCCUUCCUUACCUCUGUGUCUACCUCUCACCUGACACUCAGUGUGAAGAAGGUCUCCACCUGAAAAGUCACCUAUUCCUUCUCUGCAGAGACGGUGCCUGCCCCGCUGAGUUACUCCAGCAUUUAGUAUCUGUCUCAGCAUAUUCUUGUUGUGUGAGAAGGAACUGUAGAUGUUGGUUUACACCAAAGACAAGAUGACACAACAGCAGUGAUGUGUUCAGUAGACAUGCCUCACCCGUCUUGCUGAAUAAUUCAGAUUAAAGUUACAUUAAAAAACUAUUGGGGGAUUUACAUUUAUACAGAUAUCAAUUUUAGCUUCUAUGCUCAAGUGUAGUAACUGCAGGUUAAACAACUGACUGUAAACAGGAUAAAUCUGUUUUGGAAUUGUCAGGGCUUGCACAAGUGCUUUCAGACAACCUCGACAAUUUCCACAAGGACAAGGUCUCUUCCAGAGUUUAAGAAGGAACUGCAGAUGCUGGAGAAUCGAAGGUUACACAAAAAAGCUGGAGAAACUCA